GCGGAGAUUCGGUGAAUGAUUCGCGUGCAGAGGACACGGGACGAGGUCAUCGGGGUCCGUUACGGCGUCGCCCCGGCCGACACCUCGGCGGGCGCGUUCGAUUCGACGAACUUAUUACGACAGAUGGCCGGGCCGGGAGGCGGGAGCGGGCGCGGACCCCGGCCCUUCGGAGAGAUCGACCUCCGAAAUGCGCCCGAGAUUGCAUUCUUUCGGCGGUGCGGGCGCAUUCCAGCGCGCCAUCCGAGCUCCGCGCGCCCGCGCCAGUCGACGCGCGCCCUUUUGGGGGUUAAGAUGUGUCCGCUGCGGCGGGCGGUAACGAUGUGGUCCCAGCCGCCUCCCCCCGGGCCGAGCGACCCGCCGGCGUUCCGCGCGCGCGCAGCCUCCGCCGGCGCUCACACCUGGUGCCGCGGCUGCCUCGAGCCUCGCCAACUCGCCCGCAUGGUCCGCGAGCCACCCGAGUACGGCGUCCGAGUCGACAACACCUCCGCCCGCCCUCCCGGUCUCCAAGUCCGCGAUGAGCCUCAGUACCAAAACCUGGACGAGCUCCGCAAACGACCCGAGUACGCCAACCUGGACGAAAUCAGCCGCGAGUUCGGGUACCGCCUCUGCCCCGAAGGACAGAACCUGGAAGACGAGGCCAUAUACGAGAACAUUUUAUCAGUGCGUCAAAUACGUUCCGCGGAAGUGCGUCUAGUGCCGGUGUCUGAAGUGGCGUACUACGAAGGCCAAGGUUACGUGGCCACGCAGGUCCUCAGCCGCAACGGCACCUUCCCCCAGUGCCCGCCUCACACCUGGAGCCGGCUGCAGCACGCCUGCAAGCUCACGGGAUCCCUCCGAAUGUUCACUGCGAAGAAGGAGAUGUACGAUGUGAAGAAACAGAGGCUGUGUUUGGCUCAAGACGAGUACAAGCAUCUCAACAACGCUCUGUCAACUCUAGCUACCUCCAGAACCAGUUUGUGUUCAUCCACCACGUCAAUGACGACAACGUCAACGACGUCACGACACGACCCCGAGCUUCUCCGGUCCGAAGUGACUCAGGCGCGGGGUCGCGUCGCCCAACUGCGCAAGGAGUUGCGCCAAGCGAGAGCUGAGGUGGCCAGCGCUCGGAGAGGCGUCGACACGCUUGCUGAAGUGGAACAAAAACUAAAUUCCCAACAAGGCUGCUAUAAUAUCACCGAGGCUCAGGCUAUCAUGACUGAGCUGAAGAAUAUACAGAAGUCAUUGACGUCUGGGGAGAAAGAACGGGCUGAUCUUAUGCAGUCGUUAGCGAAACUAAAGGAUGAUUUGACGAGACUCCAAUUAGGAGACGCGUCUCCAGAUCUGUCAACGCUAAGUCUGCCCCAAGAAAAGUUGAGCACCGCCUCUCAAACGGACCUUUGCGCUGAUCUAGUUCCGAUCGGUACGAGAUUAGCAGAAAUGGCGAGAGUCCGGUUGCAGUACGAUGAAGCUAGGAAACGAAUACAGCAGAUCCAGCAACAAUUAGCAGACCUUGAAGACAAAGUGCAACCUGGUCAAGCGGAGUCUGAUAAAGACCGUCUGCUGCUGUUCCAAGAGAAGGAGCAGUUGUUAAGAGAACUGAGGAGUAUAACCCCGAGGACGAGGUCGAAGCAAGAGAUGAGCGAUAUCCAAUCGGAGUGCAAAAGGCUAGAGCAAGAUUUGAAGAAUGCGUUUGAGAUGUCCAAUAAGUGUAUAGCGGAUAGACUAAGGCUUCAUGAAGAGAAGCAGUUACUGCUGCAGCAAUUGAAAGACGCUUUGACGUCUAUGACGACGUUGGAAGGGCAGUUGAAGACGUUGUCAGCUAGUACUCUGUCAGUGUCGAGUAGUUCCAGCUUAGGAUCCUUGUCGACUGCGAGCAGUAAAGGAUCUUUGAGUUCUGGCAUUAGUUUCACGGAUAUUUACGGCGGGCCGCAGAUUGCGAGCUCGUUUCAAGCAGACAAACCUAUUGAUAUGGUGGAUCUACAUCGAAGAGUGGAAAGGCUACUGCGAGGUACCAGCUACAACGCUGAUAGCGUAACGCCUGGAGCAAGCAGUUCACCUUCCCAACCUUCGUUAUCGCCGAGAAGUAGUCUGUCUUCUGCCAGUCCACCACCACCCCCACCUUCUUAUAAUCAGGUGGAAAGGCAAAGACGACAGCAAAGAGAGCUUGAAGAGAAGUUAGCAGAGAUGAGGAUAGGUGUCGCCACGGGCAUCAACGAGGUCACUGGACUUGCUACAAUUCCAGUCCAACUGCAAGGCCCGGGGCGGCCCAGCGAGCCGUUGUCCCCCAUUUCAGAGACACCCCCACCACCGCUCUCGCCAAGAACUCCCUCAUCUAGUGGUACAAAUACUAGAUCAGUUUCGGCGGCAGUGAGCGACGAGUCGGUGGCGGGAGACUCCGGCGUGUUUGAAGCGGCGCAGGCGCAGAACGAUCCCUCCAACGCCGUGAACAGUGCGCAAAUUGAGAUCAAAUUGCGGUACUGUCCAGACGAGGGCGCGCUUGAGAUCGGGAUUCUGCGCGCGCGCAACUUACACGCGCUCUUCAUCGAUGUUGGGACGGAAGUAGCGGUCCGAGGAGCCCUAGUGAUAGGCGGGGGCUGCGGCAUCGCGUUCGGUAGCACGUCUCUGGCGUGGCGUGGCGCGACUCUGGCGUGGCGUCACAUACAGCGGGCGACUGUUGCGGGCGCGAGAGCUUUACGGGCUGCCACGUUGCAGGUCAACCUUACUAGCGGGACUGAGUGCUUGGGCUGCGCGCAAGUCAGCCUGGCUGACUACGACUCAGAGACAGUUCUGCAGAAGUGGUAUAACGUGCUGAGCUUCAGGUGUAUGAGGAGGGACGAGAGUUCUGAUGAGUCUACCGUCAUAUCCUCGCAGACUUCCACUCUCACGAGGAAUAGAGGUCCAGAGAGUAUGAUGAGCGCGGAAUGCAACGUGGACUGUGGGGACAACUCGGCGUCAGACGACGAGGAGUCCAGGGAACCGCUCAAUCAGAUAGUAGAAGAAGACUCAUUCGAGGACUACAUUCCUGAGGACAUAGCACUAGAGGAGGAGUUCCUGCAUCCAUCCACCGCUGAGAAGGAAACCAACACGGAAUGCAACUUCUGUCCCGAAGGCGCUCGGCAGCUGCAUAGGCGGAAAAGCCAACAAGUAAACGCCAAUCCCGAAGAGCCUCUAGCUACAAUAAAGAGAUCUCAAACGUUUUCGCCGCAACCGCAAAGCAUCGGCAAAGGACAGUACAUUUGCAGACUAAACCGCUCGGAAUCGGACUCGUCGAUGGCGCUAUACGCACGCCGCACGCUGCAGCCCCCGCCCACUGGCAUUCCCUUCGACCGGACGGUGCGCGAGCGACGCUCGCUCAGAUGGGGCCGCGUCUCAGGCGGCGCGGCGCGUCGCAGCCAGCGCGUGCGCACAGCAAGGACGUCUCUGGACUUGACUUUGGACCUGCGCGCGCAGAACGACCGUCUUAGCGACCUGCGCAACGAGAUCAGCCAUCUUGCGCUUUUGAAGAAGAGGUUGGAAGAAGCUUGCGCCCGCAGCGAUCCCUCAGUCGCCGCGUGGGCAGCUGAAGACGAGACUCUCCGACGCCUCCUGUCCGGGCCGCCGGAGCCCGGGGACCGCGCCGCGCGCCUGCUGCACCGCACCUGCCGCGAGAUCUACCGGCUGCGGCGCUCGCGCCAGGGCGGCAGGAAGCCCGACCUCGUCACCUUCAAAGAAAAGAUGGCGUUCUUCACUCGCACCAAAUCCACCAUCCCCAUUCUGCCCGGCGAAGGGGAGAACGUGUCCGAAGACGAAUGGGACGAUGAGCUGGAAGAAAGAAGAACGCCCGAUGGCCGCUCUUCCAAAACCUUCUAUGAGCUGCGCAGGGAUCGAGACGUCAAGAGCUCCGAACCAACCCCUCAGAACAACGAGGAAGCACCAGUUGCCGAGUGUAACAACGUUGCCGAGUGUAACAAUGUUGCCGAGUGUAACACCGUUGCCGAGUGUAACACAGUUGCGGAGUGUAACACAGUCGUCGAGUGCAAGAACCCUUGCCUCAAUGAGCCGUGCUACGAAAACCUACCCGCGAAAAUGGAAGCCGCGAAUGAAACGCAAGAAACCAAGACUGAAGAGGUGAGGUAUGAAUUUGUUGUUGACAGAGUUCUAGGUGUACAAGUUUGAAAGAUGAUUGGGUUACUUUUGAAUUGUUUUUAAUCAAAUUGGCUGGCCAAUUUUUUUACUCCGAUUACAUCGGUAUUUAAUAAUAGUUUAGUGUAAUAUUUUAACUCAUUUUAGAGAGUCGCUAAGUAAUAUAUUUCCGAAACUAUUUAUUUUAGUAAUAUUGGAAACGAUUCAAAAUAACUCAUAAGUAUGGCCUUGGUUAAAAUGGCACCAUAAAAUUUGCAAAUAAAUAUUUACUGUGAUUAUAAUGCCUAUUGAGAUUUCUGGAAUGAAGACUGAAGUUGAAAAAUAUAUGUUAUAUCCGCUAUGUAUUUGUUAUUGGUGAUGUAUUUAAUAUAUUGUAUCAGGACUCUGAGCGAAGUACGUAAUGUGCAAAAAGGAGUGCCAUAAGAGUUCAGGGAUUGAAAAACCUCAGAAAUUGGCUCAGAUUGAAAUAUUUUUGAAGUCAGUCCACUAGGCAACGGUGACAAGCAUCAAUGUGUGACAAAUCAUUGGCAACGUCGUGCAACGUUGCACGUAAUGUCACCAUGAUGUUGCUUGCCAAUUGUUGCAUUGUCUGUCACACAGCUUUAGUGUCCUCAAAACUAACUUACUGACUAUUUUAUAUUGUCAGACAAAACUUAUCAAUUCAAUCUACUUAAUAACAUAAAUACCAAUUUCUGAGCUAUCAUUUUAUAUCAUACAUCAGUUUUUGUAACCAUGUUAUAUUGUAUUGUACAAACGCAAAGUGCCUUAAAGUCGUAGGUGCCUUCAGAAUAGCAGCCUGCAUAGUGCCAUAGGUCGGCAAAUAUCAAGGAAAAUAUUUAGGUACAAAAUAGAUGUAUGGAGA